CGGGAGCAGAUACGUACAUCGUAGUUACAUCUGAACGCGUAAGUAUUUUGAGAAUACUCAUGAGCCGACGCGUGGGUCCCGUCAACUGCUAUUUUCUCUUUCAAUCACAACGCAAAUAUAUAAACAGCCAUGAGCAACUACGACGGUUCCAACCCAUACUACGGCGGCGCUGGCGGGGGGUACAUGGCGGGCGGCGGCAACGGCGACUACGGGUCUUCCCAGGACUCUCCCGGUGGUAAAAAGUCCCGAGGCAACGCAACCAUUCGACCUUUGACGAUUGAACAAUUCAACGAGGCUCAGCAAGUUCAUCCGGAUGCCGACUUUUCCAUCGAUGGCGAGGACGUCACCCAGGUCUUGCUGGUGGGAUCUGUGCGCAAUGCGUCGACCACAGCGACAAAUGUCGCCUAUGAGAUUGGAGAUGGAACAGGUUAUGUGGACGUCAAGCUCUGGCUUGACUCUGCCGACGACCAAUCCGGCAAGACUGACGGCAUCCAACAAGAUAGCUACAUCGGCGUCAUGGGGACCAUCAAAUCUUACAACAACAAGCGCCAUGUCUCUGCUACCCACGUCCGACCCAUAACAGACCCCAACGAGAUCCAGCACCAUCUUUUGAAAGCUUUGCACGUCAGCUUGCUUCUCCGAGGAGGUACCUCUGGUAACGCCGGAGCCAACGGAGCUACCACCGACUACCGCGCCCCUACAGCUUCCUCCUCCGACUAUGCCAAGCCAGCUGCCGCUGCCAACCAUGGUGGCGCCGACCCCUACGCCGAGCUGGACCCAUUGGCGCGCGCAAUCAUGCAAAUUUUGGAACGCGAAGGGCCGAAUCACGAGGAUGGUAUGCAUGUGGCUGCUUUGAGUAAAGCUACUGGAAACACGGAUCUGGAGCAAUUUACAUUGGUGCUGGAUUGGCUGGCGGAGAACGGGCAUGUGUUUACCACCAUCGACGAAGCUCACUACCAAAUUGCCUCAUGAUUGCUUGCUUGUUCUCUUUCCGUACUCUGAUAGUUCUUUUGUAAACAGCCUCGCCAUGAUUUCGUCAUCCGUGUAUCGUGCCGUCCACAUUGCAUGCUGCCAUCGUUUAUAUACACUGCUAUGCUUGAUGAGCUGUCAUCUACUUGAUAUGAUACUCAUGAUACUCAUGCCCGUUGUUGUGGA